CUGGCCAAAGAGGUCGAAUGAUAUUUUCUGUGGAAACUUUUAGGACUAGAAAGACUACUUAUAUUUCUUUAUAUGAUAUAGGCCAAUCAUUUAUGAAAGAUUUCCCCAUACCCAUUCUAGGAAAAUGUAUAUGGUACCCUAAAUUCUGGCUGAUGUAAGUGAGGGGCUAAUUUAGAAACUAAACCUAGAUGUUUCAGACUGACUUGAUCUACAAACAUUUUAAAAGAUGUUUAACUUACAUAUUUUUGUGCUUUUCUUUGCAGGAAAUUGAUACUUUGUCAACAUGGAGAUGAAUCAUUUGUAUUUGGGAACAGCAGAACUGGGCACCAAUGACCUGUCAAGAGUUUUAUAAACCAGUCACACAAACCGUAUUCCAUUGCUCUCAUCCUUCAUCUCACCUUCAAACUUGUCUUACCUAUGGCAUUUAGGAGGCAAGUGAAAAAUUUUGUGAAAAAUUACUCAGAUGCUGAAAUAAAAGUCAGGGAAGCAACUUCUAAUGACCCUUGGGGUCCUUCUAGUUCUCUGAUGUUAGAUAUCAGUGACCUGACUUUCAACACGAUUUCUCUCUCAGAGAUUAUGAAUAUGCUAUGGCAGAGACUCAAUGACCAUGGGAAGAACUGGCGCCAUGUAUAUAAGUCCCUUACACUAAUGGAUUAUCUCAUCAAGAAUGGAUCAAAGAAAGUUAUUCAGCAUUGCAGAGAGAGGUUCUGUGACCUUCAAACACUAAAAGAAUUUCAACACAUAGAUGAAGCUGGAAAAGACCAAGGUUACUAUAUCCGGGAAAAGUCUAAGCAAGUCAUCACAUUGCUGAUGGAUGAACAAUUGCUGCAUAAAGAGAGGGAAGUAGCAUGUCGGACUAGACAGCGUACCUCCUACUCUGUGCCGUUCCCUAAAAGAUUACCUGGUACAGGUAGCUCACCAACAGCGUGUGCUUCUGCCCCCACACCAGAAAUUCCUGCUUCCAAGAACAAGCAUAAGCUUCUUAAGGUUGCAAGACUACAUCGUAAAAAAAAUGCUUCCCAGGCAGGAUCAAAACAAGAGCAGUGGCAAAACAUCCAGUUGCCUGGUGAGACUGCAUUAUCCCAGGAAACACUACCACUCAGGAUUAAUGCUUGGAAGUCAACAGAGGACCUGAUGUUAUUUUAUGAUGAUGACCCAGAGCCACUUUUGCCAGCAAUACCUCCUUCCAUUGUCUCUUCCGCUACGUGGCUGUCGGAAGGGGAACCUGAGGUUUGUAACCUCUGGAAUGCAGGUGCUAUCCCCACUCCCUCGGAAAAAAGCCCAUCUCUGCAGACAAAUGUGAGCUUGGACAAGAAAUCAGACAGUACUAUUACAAAUACUGUCGUAGGAAAGCCCUUGCACACGCCUCUAGAAAAGCAGUCAGCUGCAAAAAGUUUUGAAGCAUUGACAACUCUACCAGCAUUUCAGUCGUCAAGUAAAGAAGAGUUCAUCAGCCCUGAUUUAAGAAUAUCAAAGUCAGAUUCUACUUUUUAUAACCAAGCCUCUGUAGAGACACUCUAUGUCUCUCCCUCAUUCAAGACAUUUGACCCCGUAAGGGAGACUAUAAUCAAUAAGGACUCUCGGAAGCCAACCCCAUCAAGCAUGGCUCAGGUGGAUAAUGAAGACCUCCAGCCCUUAACCACAUGGGUUUCAACCGUCUCUAAGGGAACGUCCUCCUUUUCUACACUAUCCGUGUCAUCUCCCGAUUCAGCCUCUCCAGAGAAGUCAGUUCAUAUCUUACCCUCGAUUUUGGCUGGACCUUCCUUCUGGACUUUAUCCCAUCAACCGUCUUCUUCUGCCUCCUCUAAAGAUAGCAAUAAGACAGCCAGGGUUCAUCACCCCUUUGCUCCUAGGGGCCCAGUGUUUUCUGAUGAAGAGGAAAAUGACAACCUCAAUCUACCGGAAAUUCUUCCAAGUAACUCUGAUUCUGCUAAAAAUAAGACCAGCCAUAUCUCUAGCACUAAUUGGGUAGAGUUUUCCGCCCACAAUGUAGACCACUUCGCUUCUGUGUCCUGUGCUCGUUUUCAGACAACCAAAGGCUUGCCUGGGGAGCCUGAAUCAAACAAUUCUGUUAAAGUUCUUUUAGGAGAGGUAAAGAAUGCUAUAGUCAAAUUACAUGAAGAUCUGAGCAUGGUGAUACAAGAACUUCAUGCCAUCAAUAGCCAUCUAGUAAACAUGAGUGGGAAUAGUCAGCAAAUAAGUAAAUCUUCUCAGGCUACCCAGUCUUCCGAGGGUAGCUCAGGUCACAUCUAAUCAUCUCAAUAGCCGUGUUUGAUAGAACUCAUGUGGCUCCACUUCCCAAAGACUUAAGAAGUUAACCUUUUAUAGACUAUUAUUAUUAUGGCAAAAGUAGGGCGAUGGUAUAAUUUUUCCUUGUCAAGUUUAUUAGCCAGUAUCUUUCAAACCAAUAAAUUCGUCUGGGUAGUUUAUUGGGGUCAUUAAUGUUUUUAAAGAGAAAAGAUGUCACCUUUGGUCAUAUUUUCAGAUUUAAAUUAUUAGUUCAUUUGACACCGAAGAGAAUUUCAUUCUUGCGUGCUCUGUACUUUACCUCAAAAUAGGCUAAGCAUUAGUGAAAGUCGUUUUAAGACCUCAAACUGCAAAUGAGUAUUCCAGAGCCCUUAUGAAGCCCUUUAUUUUUCAACUGUAUGGAGCCCCAUUGUUAACAAGAUUUAGCCUUGACAUAGGAGGAGUAAGUUCAUUGUAUACAUUUCACAUGUUCUUUUGCCAAAUUUCAAGUUCUGCAAACUAAGGGCCGGAAAUACUCUUUCCCUUCUUUCGGGUGCCACAGUUAGUUGACUGUUAAAUUGAGAUGAAUAGGACAUGGAACAAGUGGUUUUUUAUUGUUAACCGAUGUUGCAAAGUGAAUUCAAAUGCAUACUUUCUUUUCCUUCUGUUUUGGAAAAUAAAUUUGAUAUUUUCCAUCGUGUGUGUGUCUUUUUUAAUUCAUUAAGACAGUCUUUCAAAUUGAAAUCCCAAUUACUUGUGGGCAAAAUGAUGUAGUCUGGGACCAUAGACCAGUGAUUCUCAACCCUGCUGCACAUUGGAACCUUCAGGGAAGCUUUUAUUUUCUUAGAAUAUUGUAAUGGGUUCCAUGUUUCCGUCACUAAGUUUCAACAACUACCAAGUCAAGGCUAAUCUUGUUUAUAUUCCUCUUCACUGAUUAUUUUGAGGAAGUAUGGGAAAUUUAAAAAGUAUACUAAUGCCUGGAUCCCACCAUUGUUAAAACACUCAGCUGCUAACUGAAAGGUCAGCAGUUCGAACCCACCAGGUGCUACAUGGGUUAAAGAUGUGGCAGUCUGCUUCUGAAAAGAUUACAGCCUUGGAAACCCUAUAGGGCAGCUCUACUCUGUCCUAUAGGGUUGCUAUGAGUCAGAAUCAACUUGACAGC